UGAUGCUGUCAUUGCUGUGUAAUGCUUCAGUUUUGUUGAUGCUGUGUGAUGCAGCUGAUGCUUCAGUUUUCCUUGUUAAUCAAUAAUAUUUUCUGAACUAAAAACCACACUGAUUGGAAAAAGUUAAUGAUUAGUUGUUAACCGUUAACGUAACAAUUUUUAUGGUUACAGACUUACAGCCACCCCCACAGGUGACUCGGAGGUGAGACUGAGCACUGAGCGAUGAGCCGCAAAUGGUUGAUAUACUCCAGUGCAAUCGGCACACUUGUCGGUGGAACUGUUAUUUUCAAAGAAAUUUUACAAGGAUGCCUCUACAAAGGCGCAGAGAAUUUAUCUGGGAGGACUGUGAUCAUAACGGGUGCGGCUGUUACAGUUAGAUUAUACGCUGUGUUAUACUCCUGGGUUUAUCAGGCUUUGGUAAGUGUAUGCCUUGUUUUGCAAAUGCGUAUCUGGUUUCGUUUAGGAGCCAAUACGGGAAUAGGCAAAGCGACGGCAACGGAGUUCGCAAAGCGAGGAGCUCGAGUGAUUAUGGCAUGCAGAGAUAUGGAUCGCUGUAAGAAAGCCAGACGCGACGUUAUCACCGCUGCGCGACCUGUUUUAGCGAAAAUGAGAGACUCUUCGGGAAAACCUAUGCGGACGAAUGUCAAAUGCGAAAGUUUAGACUUGGCAUCUUUUGCGUCAAUUCGAGCAUUCGCAGUGAAGGAAGAACCUAAAAUCAAUUACCUAAUUAACAAUGCCGCCACAAUGAAAGACCCGGAACGGAAAUUAACAGCCGAUGGACUGGAGCGGCAGAUGGGGAUAAAUCAUUUUGGACAUUUUUUGUUGACAAAUUUACUGCUCCCUAAAUUGAGGGCGACGGUUGAAAGUCGUAUUGUGGUGGUCAGCUGUGUGACGCACAAGUCAGGAAGCAUCGAUUUUGAAAAUCUGAACGCCGACAAGGAUUAUUCCGCCAACGAUGUCUAUGCUGCCAGUAAACUGGCCAAUGUUCUCUUCGGAAAGCAGCUAGCGCGCAACUUGCAGGAUGCCGGCACUGGUGUUUUCAUAGUCGAUCCGGGUCUGACCUUUACGCAACUGAGUAGAAAUCUCCCUGUGAUGCAGUCCGUGUCCAGAUUUAUUUUCAGACCAGUAAUGUGGUUGUUUUUGAAAACACCUCAGAGAGCUGCUCAGCCCGUUAUGUACGCAGCACUUAGUCCGGAGCUGAAUAACUGCUCAGGAGAAUACAUUGUGAAGUGUACUGUUGGAGACAACUCGCCCGCGGCUAACGAGGAGCAUCUCGCAAAGAAAUUGUGGCUUGUAAGCGAACGUUGGACGAGAACAACAGCUUCCCCAGAUAGCACGAUAUCUUACUGAUGCGCGGACGGAGUUGAUACUUUAAAUACUUACUCUUAUGUACAAUACAAUCAUAAUAACAAAUUAAUGAUCGCUCAUUUCCGUGUUUUAUUGUCCUUCGGAUUCUGUGAAUUUUGGUGGCAAUAAAGACGAAAUCUUCAAAUCUACGAGUAGCAUUUAAUAUAUCCAUGUUUCACGAAAGAAUUCUCUGUUUU